GCAGUUCAUGUGUCGAGACGGAGGAGCAGACAGCGUGUGCGCAUCAGAAUGUGCAUGGUUUCAGCACCCAAACGUGACGAGGAUCCUGAAAAUUUCUCUGUAAGAAACUACGGUAGUUUAGGAAAAAUCGACGGCUUUAAUUAUUCACAGGUUCCAUCGGGAGAGCAGCAGCAUGGGCCGGAGGAUUGGCGCACCUUCAGAGCUCGCCUGGUUAGUGCAAAUUCCACGGUAGUAUCUGGUCACAAACAGAGGCCGAGGAAUUUUAAUAGCAGAGAGUGGGCUCAUGAGACAGACAACAUAGAAGAGGGAUGUGUAUUGGUGGCCACCGAGGAAUUGAAACGACAUCCUCUCCUUUCAGAAGCCGUUGUACUCGUAUUACAGUGGCCAGAUGUUAACUAUUCGACCUGCAAAUUGAUUGUGUUGAACAAGAUGUUUCCUUAUGACACUAGCUCAAUGGAUAUUGUUGACCCAAUGUUAAGGAAUUUAAAUCUUCCUGUGUUUAUGGGAGGGCCUGCAGUGGGAGGAGCAGGAUUUGGAUCCAGAUUUCAUGUUUUGACAAGAGAGAAAGGAGUUGCAGGAUUUGAGUGUAUUAUGCCGGGGUUGUAUGUGGGGAAUAUGGGAGUCACUUUGCAGAGCGCCAUGAACAGUGACUUUGCCAUGCGAUUGUAUUUGGGGGAAGUUGAGUUGGAAAAGAGACAUUUGAGAGCGCAAGUGGAGGCAUUCGGAUGGUGGAAAAUCGUAGCUUGUAGUAGAGAUGCUAUUUUUAGCACCGUUUUUCCUACGACUGAUAUGUGGUGCCAUAUAAACCGCUUGCUAACUAGUUAAGAAAUCUUUUAAAGUUUUAUUAAAUGUUGUAGUCUGAGGUAUUGUUUGGCAUAUACAACUGCCUUUCCUGGUUGUGACGCAUAAAGCUUUGCGUCGCGCGUAGAUUAGUGCUUCCUGGUUAUGGCUCAGUAAUUAUACGAUUGAAUCAGCAUGGGAAUAGGCUGAGUA